UGGCAACCUGCUCUGAACAAAAGUGCUUCACACCUCAAAAGAAGACUAAUCGAAGCCAGUUUUAAAAACCACGAGUACUUUUAACCAGGAGAGAUUAACCGCGAUGGCGCUCCAAGCGUUCUUUCAUUUACCAGUUUUCCUCUUCCAGCUGGUAUUGUUUCAUUUAGUAGUUACUCAGUACCACAGUUAUACGCGCGAAGUCUCCAUCUCUGGGAUGAUGCUUCAGAAACACAUCUUUAAAACAAUUACUGGAGCAGCAUUCGGUGAUGUGUGUUUGCUGGAGUGUUAUCGUGACGUCAGAUGCCAAAGCUUUAACUAUGUAUUCACCCAAGACAAAUGUGAGCUUAGUAACCGCACGAAGGAAGCCAGGCCUGAAGAUUUUGUACCCAACUCUGAGAGAUAUUACUUCAGGCGAGAUAUGAAGAGAGCUCAUCUCGGUGCAAUUCCAGAGCUGCCUGCAGAUACGUGUAAGGAAAUCAAGUCGAGUGAAGGUGGACAAGCGGUCAGCGGUAAAUACUGGUUGAAUUUCAUCAAACCUGACACUCCUGUCUUGGCUCACUGUGACAUGAAGACCGAAGAUGCUGACGAGUGUAAUGCCUUUAUCCGUGUUUGUGAUGAGAACGCCGACUGCAAAAACACUCUGGGAUCAUAUCGCUGUUCUUGCAAAACCGAUUUUUCUGGCGAUGGACAUACUUGCAAGGAUAUUGAUGAAUGUGCCAGUGGUGAACACGACUGCCACGUUUCUGCUUCAUGUACCAAUACUGAGGGAUCCUUCAACUGCUCAUGCAACCAUCUUUACGUAGGAGAUGGAAGAUCUUGCAUUAUUCUCCCAUCAGAAUGUCAGAACUAUCAAAGUCUGACAGGGGCAGACAGAAGGAUAAAUUACACCAAUCAAGACACGAUUUGCGAUAGUGGACUUAGGGGAUGGUACCGUUUUGAAGGAGCAGCAGGUACAAGAAUGCCUACUUCAUGUCCGCCUAAAAACCGAUGUAACUCCCAUGUACCCGGCUGGAUAAAUGACACGCAUCCCGCAGAGGCUGAUGGUCAGGUUAACAGGACGGUUUGCUUCCACUGGUCGUCAGACUGCUGCUACAAGUCAAGUUCCAUCAAAGUGAUAAACUGCGGCGGUUACUAUGUUUACUACAUAAAUGGCACACCCUGGUGUUACCUCCGCUACUGCAGCACAGACUAAAUGGAUACUGGUU